AUGCAAAUGCGCAGCACUGCGGGAUUCCUCUCGCAGGAGUUCCGGAGGCACGCUCGAUCAAUUGCUGCCUCCUCGUCGCGACGCAGCGACGGCUCUGGUGCUGUGAGCAGCCAGGGCGACGGAGCGUUGGAGAGCGAUCAACCAUCAAUUGCGCCGACCGGUGACACAUCGGAUCGUGCUGCGACGCCUCCUCCGCCAUCCGAGGAUCCUCCGCCACCGCCUUCUGCGAAUCAGCCUCCGGAGGCGUCUGAAGAGGCCGCAAAGGAAGGUGGCGAUGACGAGGAGAUGGAAGACGACUCGGCUGGACAAGAGCCCAAAGAGGAUGAUAAGAUGGGUGACGGGGAGGAGCAGAAAGACGAGGUCCCCGGCAAGGCCCCGCCUUCUGCUGCCCGAACCACCGAUAACCCUCCGGAACACGGCGUGCGUUCCAGAGCCCGCGGACCACCGAUUGAUGUCCGCCCAGCCAGCACCGCUGCUGACCAAGCCGCAAACGAUCCGAAGAAAUAUAGGAUCGAGGGCCCUGGGAUCAAGGCGACAACGAUUCAUCGCCCUGAUCAGAUGCCCCAGAGAGGCAUCGAUUCCAUCUCGCCGAUAGUGCAGUACGAGAUGAACUCCGUUCCGGUGGCGCUACCGGAAUUCGUCGUCCCAGGACUCGAUGUGGCUGUUGACGACUCAGUCAAUGGCAGACUUGUUGCAGCGACAUGUCUUCCGCCAACCGAUGAACAGCGGAAAUACUCGCGGCACCGAUUCGCUAUGUUCUCCUCGAAUCAGACGAUGUAUCUGAACGUGGCGCUCCACAAGAAGCCCGCGCAGGGGGAUCACGACUCCUUCCUCCGUCCGGAGACAUACGAGGAAUGCCGCGACAUUCACGAUGCUGGCAGGGCGUACUCUGCCCGCGAGCAGCAGUCCCGCUCUAUCGGUGGCUCUACGAUCACGUGCAACCGAUUGUUGAACGACGAUGCACAGAGCAUUCCUCCCGCCAGGGUUCCCGAUGAGGCCAUGACCAACCUGGUGCGAAAACUGAUGUUCCGCGUGGUCACGCAAACGAAAGAGUACCCCACGACCAUCGAUCCGGCGAAGAAAUCUGAUGAUCGA